AUCUUUGCAGGACGUCACCGCGGACUGCAGGGGCCUGAGCUGCUGCUGCCGCCGCCUCCGCUGCCGCGCAGCCCCACAUCGGCGCACUGGGGGCCAGAUCACCGCCGCUGCCAAAAAAGUCGCCGUCGCUAGGGUCGUCACCUAACCAGUGCAGGGCAAGGUGAGCUCCCGGGCGGCCCGGUACGUUUCUGCUCGGAGCACCUACAUAACCUUCAUUUGACUGAUGGUCUGGCUGGGGUCGGGGACGAGAUGGCAUCCGCCACAGACUCCCGCUAUGGGCAGAAGGAAUCCUCUGAUCAGAACUUUGACUACAUGUUCAAGAUCCUCAUCAUCGGAAAUAGCAGCGUGGGCAAGACGUCCUUCCUCUUCCGCUAUGCAGACGACUCCUUCACGCCUGCCUUUGUCAGCACUGUAGGCAUAGACUUCAAGGUCAAGACCAUCUACCGGAACGAUAAGAGGAUCAAGCUGCAGAUCUGGGACACAGCGGGGCAAGAGCGGUAUCGAACCAUCACGACAGCCUACUACCGGGGCGCCAUGGGCUUCAUCCUCAUGUACGACAUCACCAAUGAGGAGUCCUUCAACGCGGUGCAGGACUGGUCAACUCAGAUCAAGACCUACUCAUGGGACAAUGCCCAGGUGCUGCUGGUGGGGAACAAGUGUGACAUGGAGGAUGAGCGGGUGGUGUCAUCGGAACGCGGCAGGCAGCUGGCUGACCACCUCGGGUUCGAGUUCUUUGAGGCAAGCGCCAAGGACAACAUUAAUGUCAAGCAGACCUUUGAGCGCCUGGUGGAUGUCAUCUGCGAAAAGAUGUCCGAGUCUCUAGACACGGCCGAUCCCGCAGUCACGGGCGCCAAGCAGGGACCACAGCUCACCGACCAGCAGGCGCCCCCACACCAGGACUGCGCCUGCUGAGAACUGCCCCGCCCCAUCCUGGCCCCGCCCCCUAUCCCCCCCCACCCCGGGCCUGAGCCAGGCCCCCUACUCGCCAUGGGUGCGAGUUCCCUGCCCCAGUUUAGCCCAUCACCCUAUUUAUUAUCGUAGCUAUUUAUUUAUUUAUUGGAGAUGUCCCCCAGGGGCUCGGACGCCCCACCCACUCUGCGCCCUACCCUGUACAUACAGCCCUGUUCCCGCUCUGCAGUGGCGUGUUGUGGCCCUGUGAACUCACCGCUCACUCUUCUCCCCAGACCCCACCUUUUUAUAAAUUCACCCCCAUCAACAGGUAUCAGUUUUGGAGAGGGGGCCAGAUGACACCCCAGGGCAGGCUGAUCGAGUAAUGGGAGGUAGCCAGGCCUGCCAGCCCCUUAGUUGUGACACAGUGGGCCAAGGUGGCUGCAGGAGUCUCAGCGUGAACCACGGGGUGGGUGAGAGCCGGGAAAUAGCCUGCCUGGCUACUGGCCUCAUGGUUGUACCUUUUUUUGGAAAGGGGACUGCUGUGGGUACUCACCACCCUGGGACACCCCCCGCCAGACCUGUUCUGACAUCAUGAGUGUCAAACAUGCCCCUCAUUCCCCCGGGAGAUAUGACAACACUACAUACCCCCAAUAAAGCGAAUGGAUGACA